AUGUAUAAUUUUGAUUUACAUCUUAAUAUAAAUAAUGAAUAAGAACCUCGAUCUAGAAGAGCAUUAUAGAAAAGCAAGAAAGUGAAGAGUAUUUCAAUUCAAAGAAAUUUAAAUUAAAUGAGCUCUGAUUUUAGAUGUAUAACUGAUGUUUCUCCGUCUAAUUUACAUCAAAUACCUAUUUUGGGUGGGAGUGUGACUGAAAGAAAAAUACUUUCUUUUCGCUACGGCCCAUCAGUUGUGCAUAGAUAGAUAUACUCAGAAAAUUAAUUCGAAUAAGGAUAGUAAAGAAAAUUCGUAAGGCAAAAGCUACCUUCCAUAAUUCAAGGCUAUUCUGCGCAUGAGUUAUCAAAGAAUAGAAUGUCAGUGGAACCUAUGAUGAGUCCAUUGAAAAACAAGGAAAAUAAAAAAAGUAUAACUGAAGUAGAAUACAGCGAAUCGUAAUAAUUGAAUGAACAUUUGAGCAUUAAAAAACUAAAUGAUUUAUUGGGUCAUAAGAAAAUACGCCCCGAAAAAGUUAAAUAAGAUUUUCCUUCGGUUCCUGAGAUAUUAGAUUUUUCUAAACAAAUGCAACAAAUUUAUAAAAAGAAUAAUAUCAAUCCAUUGAAAUUGAGAUCGCCUAAGCCCAUGGAAACUCAAAACAAAAAUACUUAGCAUAUUGACAUUUUAAUUAAUUUACUUAAGAGAAGAUAUCUAUGA